AUGCCCGACCUCUCUCAAAAUAUUUCCGUCCGCAUCCUCAAGGCUGCCGAAGCGGGCAAGUACGGCGUCCCCGGCGUUGUGUGCUACAACCUCGAGGCCAUCGUCGCCUGCCGCAAAGCCGCCGAAGCCAAAAAUUCCCCUUGCCAAAUCCUCCUCUUCCCCUGGGCUCAAGACUAUGCCUACGACAAUCUCGUGAACCUGGCCGCUGACGUGUGUCGAAGUGCCAAAGUCCCCAUGUCUCUGCACCUGGACCACGCUCAGAGCGAAGGAGCCAUCAAACGCGCAGCCAAGACGGGCAAGUUCGACUCCAUCAUGGUCGACAUGUCCCAUUAUGAAAAGGAGGAGAACUUAUCCAGAACCACCGAGCUCGUCCGAUACUGCCACGAACUCGGAAUCGCCACUGAGGCUGAACCUGGUCGUAUCAACGGCGGGGAGGCCGGUGUACAAGACACAGGAGACCUCGAGGGCAUCCUGACCACCCCUGAAGAGGCACUGCAGUUCAUCAACACGGGCAUCGACUUCCUGGCCCCGGCCAUCGGCAAUGUCCACGGCCCAUACAACGGCGUCGAGAACAUCAAGCUCGAUUUCCCCCGUCUAGCGUCCAUCCGCGACGCUUCCCUGGGCAAAGUCACGCUCGUCAUGCACGGCACCAACGAGUUCACCGGCGACAUCUUCAAGCAGUGCGUCGCGGCGGGCAUGACGCGUCUCAACGUCAAUCAGGUUGUGCUGUGGAAGUAUGAGGACUAUGCUAAGGAGAAGGCAGGCCGAACGCCGCUGACCGAGUUCAUGGAGACGGGCACUGCGCUGAUCCAGGAAAGAAUCGAGUGGAUGAUGGAUAUGGUGGGGAGUACGGGGAAGGCGGGUGAUGUGAAGAUUUAA